UUGAUUCCCAAAAAUGGCGUUCGACUGAGUGCCCGAUCCUUCAUCAGAGAAGGUACUCUGUUGUACGGCCUUUGGAGCAAUCGAUCGUGAGUUCCUUCGCGACUGCGAUGGAUAGGGGAAAAGCUGUGCAGGAAGUUGGCGAAGACGUAGAAGAAACCCAAGAAGAUAUUGAGGGCUUUGAUGAUUUCACAAUUGCAUCUACAUGGGAAAGAUUUAUAUCAGAAAUAGAGGCUGUUUGUCGGCAGUGGUUUGUUGAUGGUCAUAAAAAUCUAUUGGAUAAAGGUGCAGAAUGCCUGGGUUCAAGAAAUAACUUGUACAGGAUGAAACGUGAGCUGAAACAUGGUGUAAAGUUAUACACCAUGGAGUACUAUUUUCAGAUCCAUAGCAGUGAUAAAGCUGGACAAUGGGACAAUGACUUACAUAGUUUGCAGCUAUCGUUUGGAGUAACUGGGUUCUUGGUUAUAGCUCCUCUGAGUGCCAGUGGAGUGGUUCUAGAUGCUCCUGAAUCAAGCAAACUCUUAAGUGCUGUUGCAAUUGCUUUAUCAAAUUGUGGCAGUAACUGGCCUGCAUUUGUUCCGGUGCAUGAUCCUUCUCGAAAGGCAUAUAUAGGAAUUCAGAACAUGAGUACAACCUUUACUCGAAGAUUCAACUCUGACAGAAUUGGCAGCCAAGUUCCCGUUAGGCUUUUGCACUUGGAGGGGCUGUACGAGCUAUUUGUCUCAAAAUUUGCCUUAACUGCUGUCGAUUUCUCGACGAAUUGUUUCAGUGUUCGUUCUACAAUGAGACUGAGUUAUAGAACUCCUCCGUAUGCUGAUGAUAAUGAUGAGGGUCAGGAUAACAUUAACAAACAAAGAAAAGGAGAUGCAGUUGAGGAUAAUCAUAUUAAGAGUCAGUGGGAUUCUGAUUGUCCUUGGGCAGAGUGGUAUUCUUCUGAGGAUCCAAUAAAAGUGCAGGUGACCAGCGCACAAUCUUCAUGGCGGGGUGGAGAGAAAAGUCAUGCUUGCCUUAUUUGGCAUGGCGGGGAAAGACUCGUGCACUUCUUUCUUUACGCGAUGGAAAAAAGAUAUAUGUUGCACAGGAUUGAUGAUUCUAUUGGCAAGUCUGGAUUUGCCUUACAGCUAAGCCUUUUGAUAUCUGCACUGGAUAAGUCAUUUGAAGCCAAAUAUUUGGAAGAUUUUGUUUCAGCUGAGAACUCUGGCUCCGAUAUUUCCAAGACUUUAGAUUUUAUACCUCCUCCAGCAGUGGUAGAUCGCAUACUUAAAGAGAUUUUCCAUGAUGGAGUUGAAAGUUGGAAUCAUAUGGAUUUCGAGGGCAGAAACUCUCGUUUUAUCAAAGGUGCUCCUCUAGGUUCUCUAUUUGCUCAAUUCUGUCUGCAUGCAUUGUGGCUUGGGAAUUGCAACAUCAGAGCAAUUGCUACUCUGUGGAUUGAAUUUGUGAGAGAAGUCCGUUGGUGUUGGGAGGAGUCGCAACCAUUGCCAAAAAUGUCAGCUUCCUCCAAUAUUGACCUGACCACAUGUUUGGUGCAUCAGAAACUGCAGAUGUUGGCAAUAUGUAUUGAAAAGAAGAAUUUGAUCGUUCAUGAACAUCAAAAUGGUGUUGAACGUGAAGACAGUGUUUCUAAUAUUCACAAGGUUGAUUUGCAUGAUCCAUGUGAUCAAUCUCAUGAUAUGAUUCCUAAAGAUUCUCUUGAUAAUAGCAGUUCUCAAAAGCUUGUUGUUCAGCAUGAUUUAGAAGAAACCUUGGUUUGCUCUAGCAUUCAAGGGCAUGAAACCAGAUCUGGGGAUCUACUACCUAAAAAUUAUAAAUCAGCAGGUGUUGUUGAGUCUAUGAUGCUAUUGCAUUCAUUUCAGAAUAUGCAUUCUCCAAUCAUUCAGGAUGCGCCACCUAUGACAGAAGAUAUGCAUGAAGAGAGACUCCGUGCAGCUGAAGUAUUUGGAAAUUUAUCAAGCUUAUCAGGUCAACUGGAAAGAGAUAUAUUAUCUUCAGAUAUGUCUGCUUUCAAAGCUGCAAACCCGGAUUCUGUCUUUGAAGAUUUUAUUCGCUGGCACUCACCCGGUGACUGGGAGAGUGAUGAAACUGAGGAUAAGUCUAUGCAACACACGGCCAAAUCCACAAAGCCCAAUUGGCCUCCUAAAGGAAGGCUCUCUCAGCGCAUGGCCGAACAUGGAAGUUCGUGGCGGCAAAUUUGGAAUACUUCACCUGCAAUGCCUUCGUCCGAACAGAGGCCUCUUCUUGAUCCUAUUCGUGAAGCGGAGAAGAUACUUCAUUACCUCGAAACCUUGAAGCCACAUCAACUGCUUGAACAAAUGGUCUGUACCGCAUUCGGAGCAUCAGCUGACACAUUGAGUCAGACCAAAUUUGGUGACUUAAGACUACUAAAAGCAAAAAUUGACCAACUCUACAGUACUCUAUCAUCCACAUUGAAGUCAUUGCAAGUGAUUCAUGUGCCUGAUAGGGUUGAGCUCAUCGGUGAUUUGAAACAACUUUGUGUUGUUUUCGAGCACAUCGAGAAGUUGGUUAUUCUAGCUGCUUCAAUGUAUCGUAAACUUUCGGAUGCUCCGCGUCUUUCUGAAGCAAUUUUUCAAGAUUAUUUUGACUUCUAUCAGCCAAAAAUGGGUACUGGUUUAGCAAGUUUAUGCUAUGACAAGGAUUUUAAUAUGAAACAAGUGGUGAAGCCGCAUGAGAGGGAUGUAAUUGCGAGUUUCUUUCCCCCUCCAACUGCAAGUCAGUCAUGGAGGAAAGUUCUGAGUAUGGGCAAUCUAUUGUUUGGUCAUGAACCAAUUCUUAGGGAGAUCAUCUUCUCCGUCUCCGGCGACGUCAGCAACGGCCAAUACUCAGGCGGCGGCCAUCUCGUCGCCUCAAUUGGAGACAUUGAAACACAUCGUAUGUAUAUUCGUGGCACCUCAAAUGAUCUUCGCGUCGCACUAUCGGUGACAUCCUGGGAUUAAAGAAGCAUAUAAAAGGUUUACAUGCAUACCACUCAAUUUUUAUGUAUUUACAUAACGGAACGCCUAUACUUCAACUUUUACAUACA